UGAGAAAAUUUGCGGAUUUGAUUACUUUUAAUAAUCAGAUAAAUUGUAUGAAUAAGUUAAUACGAGAAGAAAUGGAAUCACAAUAUGCACCAUUGAGCGAAAGUUGUGCCAAGGCCCUGGCAGACAAGGCUUAUGAGAAGCGUAAAGUUGCUUCACAGGAAAUCGAAAAAAUGGUGACAGAAUUUAAUACGAAAAAUAACACGGUACAGAUACGAAAACUUAUAGAAGUUCUUUCAAAUCAAUUUGCGAUAUCUCGUGAUCCCAAUCGCCGGAAAGGGGGCUUAAUUGGGCUUGCUGCAACAAGCCUAGGAUUAGGAAAAGAUUCGGAACGGUAUGUAGGGGAACUGGUUACGCCAAUAUUAAACUGCCUUAGUGAUCCGGACGUUCGAGUCCGCUAUUUCGCAUGCGAAUCCUUAUACAAUGUUGUUAAGGUAGCUAGAGCUGCCAUUAUACCAUUUUUCCCAGACCUAUUCUCGGCAUUAUCACGAUUAGUGACAGAUUCAGAUCAAAUGGUUAAGGACGGCAGUGAGUUGCUUGAUCGGUUGCUUAAGGAUAUCGUAACUGAGUCUUCACAAAUUUUUAAUCUAGAGGCAUUUAUACCACUUCUUAAGGAACGUAUUUACGUAAACAACUCAUUUGCAAGGCAAUAUGUUAUAUCGUGGAUUUCAAUUUUGAACGCGGUUCCAGAAAUAAAUAUGUUAAUCUAUUUAACUGACAUUUUGGAUGGACUUUUUACAAUGUUAGAGGACAACACAUUAGAAAUUCAACGAAUGUGUGAAACUACUUUAAGUCAGUUUUUAAAAUCUAUCCGAUAUGAUUCUACUUCGGUGCGAAUGGAGGAUACAAUAAACAUACUAAUUAUUCAUGCCCAAUCUACUAAUGAACUUAUUAAGUCAAUCGCUAUAACGUGGAUACGUGAAUUUGUACAAACAUUUGGACCAAAUGUUUUGCCGCAUGCCAGUGGAAUAUUUACUGCGAUAUUACCCUGUCUAGAGUACAACGUGGAAUCUAAGAAAAAUAUCAAAGAAUGUGCAGUUUCGGUAAACAACUCGAUGAUGUCAUUGAUUUCAUCAAAGGAGCACAAGUCAAAAAAUAUUGAAAAAAUAGAUUUACGUUCAGUUAUGGAAGUUUUGUCGCAGUAUUUAACCCAUAAUUCAGUGCACACGAAAAUUGCUGUAUUGAAAUGGAUCCAUCAUCUAUUUACACAUUUCCCCAACGAGAUGUCACCACAUGCAAGCAGUUUAGGUGCUAACUUACUGGGCAUACUAUCAGAUAAUUCCGAUGAAGUCGUACUGCAAUGUCUCUCUGUUUUGGCCAAAAUUUUGAAUUCAACACAUAAUGAUAAUUCCAGGGAUUUCAAUAAAGCGCAUUAUCGAAAAUUCCUUCUAAGUUUGCUGAACUUGUUUAGUGAGGAAAAAAAGUUUUUGGACAAUCGUGCCAGCCUUAUAAUUAGACAGUUGUGUGUACUGCUAAACGCCGAAUAUAUCUAUCGCACCUUUUCUGAAAUCAUUGAUGAAGAAGUUAUUAAAUUUGCAUCAACAAUGGUCCGUUUACUCAACAUGAUACUCUUGACAUCACCUGAAUUGUUUGAACUGCGUAAUUCACUACGAGACAUUACAAAUGAACAUUCCGCAAAUUUAUUUAAAUGCCUUUACAAAAGUUGGGCACAUUGUCCCGUCUCCACACUAUCCCUUUGUUUGUUAACCCAAAGUUAUCAACAUGUAUCGCAAUUGGUUGUACUGUUCGGUGACGUAGAGAUAACUUUAGAUAUCUUGAACGAAUUGGACAAACUGGUACAGCUGAUAGAAUCACCAAUUUUCGCGCCAUUGCGGCUAACUCUGGUUUCAAAAUCGAAUAAUUGUGCAGAUGCUCAACAUUUGGCUCAUGCACUUUUUGGUAUUCUUAUGCUUUUGCCGCAAACCGAUGCUUUUCACUUAUUAAAAAACCGUUUGCAAUGUGUACCAAAAUAUUGGGGCCAAACACCAAUCAAUGAAAGUAAAUCACUGCAACAUCAAAGCAACAUUGACUUUGAAAUAUUGUUGGAACAUUUCAAGAAAGUCCAAAAAGCCCAACGAACUUUACGAAUUCAACAGAGGAGAAAUAUUAUUUUACCUGAAGACACUUAAGUCACAACAUGUCAAUAAUUAAAAAAAUUAUUGGAUUAUUUAUUUUCCAUUAUUAAUUAGGAGCAAAGAUGCCUAUUAUUUUAUUUACGUUAUUCCUCUAGAGAAUAUAACAAAUACAAUACAAAUGUACAUAUGUAUCCAAUAUAAUGUGAUCAUUUAUGUGCACGCAUGUUUUAA